CAUAUCAACGUUAAAUACAAUUAAUCUAUUCCUGAGGUCAAUCCUCAUUGGGCUAGUAGUCUAUUUUUCCUACAGCCGCCUGAUCAUCAGUCACCUAUACAAUUUCAAAAUUUGUCUGUUUUAUUGCAGUGCAGGAAGUACAUCAAGUGUUAAUGGUUAUGGGUGUGGCUGAGUGAGAAAGUUAAGUGAGUGUAAACAUGGCCAUUUCUUUUGCUCGUUGUUUUCUGUCGAGUGUCUCCGUUCGCUCCAUCUCUAGUAUAGCUGUGAGUGACUCAGGCUCAAGGCUGAAGGUCCAUCUUGAAGUAAAAGGGAGCGUGGCAAAGGAGUACAGCAGCUUAUGGCUACGGCAUAACUGUCAGUGCGAGGAAUGCUAUGAUAGUCUUUCUUCUAUGAUGAAGGUACAUCCAAACCAGCUGUCAGAAGACAUUGUGAUACAUAAAGCAGACAUUAAAGAUGAUGUUAUACGCAUAAAUUGGAACUCACCAAACUUUGGUAGUCAUGAAGGAAUAAUUCCCCUCCAAUGGUUAAAGAACUUACACAUGAAACAAGAAUCACGCAAAGACUCCAAACCUCUCGUUGCUGCUUCAAUUCCUGUUCUAGAGUACAGUGAUGUUAUAGAUUCUGAUGAACACACAUACCAAUGGAUAAGAAACCUCAAUUAUUUUGGUAUUUGUCUCAUUGAGAAUGCUCCAAUAACUACUGAUGUAUUAGAAAAGUUGGUCGGAAAGUUUCCACAUGUACAGCCUACAACUUAUGGAAAUUAUCCACUCUUGUAUGCCAAGGAUGAUCCAACUGAUCUUGGUUUCAGUACAUCCAACCUACACUUCCAUCAAGACUUAUUGUACUAUGAGUCACCACCUGGCAUUGAAUUGUUCCACUGCGUUAGAAGAGAUUCUUGUGUUGUGGGAGGUGAGAAUAUAUUUCUUGAUUUCUAUCCAGUCCUGGAAGAGCUCAGACAAGAGGCCCCUCAGUAUUUUGAGGUCCUCACUAAAGUACCGGUUUCAUUUCAGAGACGACAUUACAUGAAGAAUGAUGUUGAGACCCCAUCUGAUAUGAGCAUAUCACGCCCACACAUUCAAUUGGACAGAUAUGGAGAGGUUGCUGCUGUUAAUUGGAACACUCAUCACCAAGAACCUGUAAUGCUGGAUGAUCUGGAUCUACUGGAUAGCUAUUAUAAAGCUUUCUUAUACAUGUCAAGGAAAAUCGAGAACUCAAAGUAUCAUUUGGAGCAUUGUCUGUUACCUGGACAAAUCAUUGCAUUUAAUAAUCGUCGUUUCCUACACUCCAGAAACUCAUUUCAACUGAACGGUGGAUUCAGAAAUUUUCAUACUACCUAUGUGAACAUUGAUUACCUCAGAAGUCAGUUCCUUGUACUUGGAAAGGCUUUAGGUUUUAACGAGAGCCCAAAGAACAUUUUUAUGUCUACUCUGUGAAAUUUUGUACUUUUUAUAAUAACCAAAUUAAUAUUUUUAUUGAUGCUAAUCAGAAUCUUUAACAAUACAACAAAAAAUAA